CCGUUUUUUGUUUUUUUCUUGGGGCGGACGUUCUUUACGGUCACACUGGAAAAUUGGAAAUUAGCAGUGACUGUAAGAUCAUUUACACAAUAAGCGUUUGUAUUCGUUGAUUAUUACUAUUAGGGUGCACUAACGGAGAGGUUUCUUGAAGGGAACAGUGGACGUACAUAGAAGGGCUCCUGAUGAAAAUGUGUAGGUAAUACUGUAACUGCCCUGUAACUGCCAUGUCUGAAGAGGCACUUUCAGAAAGUGACCUGGAGCCUAGCCUUAACAGUGAAGAGGAGGAUUUUGAAAAUGAAGAAGAAGAAGAAGAAGAAGAGGAGGAGGAGGAAGAAGACGAGGACAGUGAGGACAUGGAAGAAGAUGAGGAUGAAAAUGAUGGAGACAAUGAAGGUGACAGUGUUGAACGACCUGCGAGUGCCCAGAGCAGGACAAGCAGGACUCAGGAUGGCGGAGACACCACAUCAGCUACCUCAUCAGAACCUGCUUCCCGCCCCUCCUCUAGACCUGCAUCAUGCUCUCACCCUCCAACCAGUCCGGAGAACUCCAGCAAGAGCAAGCUGCUUUCUGGCAAAACAAAGAAACACAAGGCUUCUAAAAUAACAAAAUCCUUCAAGUCUUCAAAGGGUUCCAAACCUAUGAAGCCUUGCAAGCUACUGAAGCCUGUACACUUGAGGAAAAAUAUCAGAAAGGUGCUAAACGAGGAUCAGCUGGAGGCAGGGACUAAGGCUGCUCAACAAGAAGAGAUGGAAAGACGGAAACGUCUGGAGCAGCAGAGGAAGGACUUCCUUACAUCAGUCCCAACUGUCCCAGACUCUCAUCUUGUGGAUCCAGCAUCAAUUUUCGGAGAGGUGUCUCACUUGGUACCCACUCUCCUGGGCAAGCAGGAUGUCAUCUGUCUGGACAGCAGUGGCGAGGAAGAAGAAAAGGAAGAACCCAAGCUUCCUCCACUACCUAUUAGAGAUGAUGUAAUUGAGCUCAGCUCUGGGGACGAGGAUGCCCUGCAGCUAAGCAGCGAGUCAGCUGAUGAGGUUGAUGCUCCCGCUGGCACAGAGGAGAGCAGUGGGGCACACAUCAACGAUGCUCUGAACCAGCCUGAUGCCCAGGGAAGGGUGCUGGUUAAUAUCAAUCACCCUGCGGAGGAGAAAGACAUUUUCCUCGCACCACAGCUGGCCACGGCUGUUAAACCUCACCAGGUUGGGGGAAUCCGGUUUCUUUAUGAUAACCUUAUUGAGUCUCUGGAGCGGUAUAACACCAGCAGUGGCUUUGGUUGCAUCCUUGCUCACAGUAUGGGGUUGGGAAAGACUCUGCAAGUCAUUUCCUUCAUUGACAUCCUUUUGAAGAAUACUGCAGCCCACACGGUGCUCGCCAUUGUCCCUGUGAAUACACUCCAGAACUGGCUUACAGAGUUUAACUUCUGGCUCCCACCCCAAGACCUCCUUCCCCCUGAUGCUAACCCUGAAGUCAUCACAGGGCGCGCAUUCAAAGUUUACAUUCUCAACGAUGAGCACAAAACAACAGUGGCCAGGGCCAAAGUUGUGGAAGAAUGGUCCAGAGAUGGAGGUGUGUUGCUCAUGGGUUACGAGAUGUACCGCCUGCUGUCCUUAAAGAAGACCUUUGUUAUGGGCAAGAAGAGGAAGACAAAGAAGCCUGCGGCACCAGUCAUCAUUGACCUGGAUGAGGAAGAUAGACAACAGGAACUAAUGCAAGGCAUUGAAAAAGCAAUUAUGCGACCUGGCCCGGAUGUGGUUAUCUGUGAUGAGGGCCAUCGGAUUAAAAACUACCAUGCCAGCACGUCACAGGCCCUAAAGAACAUCCGCUCACGUCGCAGAGUGGUUCUGACAGGUUACCCAUUGCAGAAUAACCUUAUUGAGUACUGGUGCAUGGUGGACUUUGUUAGACCCGACUUUUUAGGCACACGUCAAGAGUUCAGCAACAUGUUUGAGCGACCCAUUCUGAAUGGACAGUGUGUGGACAGCACACCUCAAGAUGUUCGCCUCAUGCGGUAUCGCAGCCAUGUGCUGCACAGUCUGCUUGAGGGUUUUGUCCAGAGGCGGGGUCACGAUGUGCUGCGAGACCACCUUCCCUCCAAGGAGGAGCAUGUGAUCUUAGUGCGGCUCUCUCCCAUCCAGAGAGCACUGUAUACAGAGUUCAUGAAACGGUUCAGAGAAGCAGGGAACAGUGGGUGGCUUGGUCUAAACCCCCUCAGGGCCUUCUGUGUAUGCUGCAAGAUCUGGAAUCAUCCAGACGUCCUUUAUGAAGCUCUGCAGAAGGAGAAUCAGGCCAAUGAACAGGACCUGGAUCUUGAUGAUAUUACUUCAGCGCCUAAUAGCCGCUGCCCUGCACCGGGUGCUGGCCUCAAAGCCAAAGCAGCUGACUCAGGCAACAGCAAAGUCAACAACAACUUGCCGCCUCUCAAUCACUCUCAGGAUAGAACCAACCAAGUCAUCACAUACGAAUGGGCAAAGGACAUAAUGUUAAAUUACCCUACCGGGGUUCUUGACAACUCUGCCAAGAUGGUUCUGCUCUUUUAUUUGAUUGAUGAGAGCGUGAAGAAAGGAGAUAAGAUUUUGGUCUUUAGCCAAAGCUUGUCUACCCUGACAGUCAUUGAGGACUUCUUAUCAAAGAAACCCAUGCCAGUGACUCUUGCCUCCUCUGACGCACAGAGCCAAAGCUGGGUUCGCAACCUCAACUACUACAGACUGGACGGUAGUACAUCUGCUUCAGAAAGAGAACGACUUAUCAAUCAGUUUAAUGACCCAGAGAACAACACUGCAAUGGUUUUCCUGCUUUCUACAAGAGCGGGCUGCUUGGGAGUAAAUCUGAUUGGAGCCAACCGUGUCGUCGUGUUCGAUGCUUCGUGGAACCCCUGUCACGACGCUCAAGCAGUGUGCAGGGUAUACCGCUAUGGUCAGAGAAAACCCUGCUUCAUUUACCGCCUGGUCUGUGACUUCACCUUGGAGAAGAAAAUAUAUGACAGACAAGUCUCUAAGCAGGGGAUGUCUGAUCGUGUGGUUGAUGACCUGAACCCGGUACUGAACUUCACUCGUAAAGAGGUGGAGUCACUGCUGCACUUUGUGGAGGAGGAGCUUGAGCCUGUAAGACUCUCAGCGUCAGCUCGGGAAGAAUUGGAAUCAGUCCUGUACGAAGCUUGUCAGCUCUACCCUCAUCUCAUCACCAAGCAACCUUUCCAUCAUGAGUCUCUGCUGGUGGACCGGAAGGAGUCAAAACUGACCAAAGCAGAGAAGAGAGCUGCAAAGAAGAGCUACGAGGAUGAAAAACGAGCCUCUGUGCCAUACGCUCGGCCAUCGUAUGCUCACUAUUACCCGACCAGCGAUCAGAUAUUCACAAACAUACCAGCAUUUAGCCAGCGAAGCUGGCGUCCCAUGGUACGACUAGAUGACAAGCCUGUGGCAAGUGUCAGGCCCAUCCAGUCAACUCCAAUUCCCAUGAUGCCUCGCCAGGUUGGGAUAGGCAUGCCUGGCGCUCCCGGUAGCAUCCCUGUCAACUUCCUGCAGAAGGCUGGAGUUUAUGUGCAGAGAAUUGUGACGACAACAGAUAUUGUAAUCCCAGGAGCCAAUAGUUCAUCAGAUGUUCAAACCCGAAUUACUGCAGGAGAGAGUAUCCAUCUUAUCAGAGGAUCAAAAGGUACUUACAUUCGGACAAAUGACGGAAGAAUUUUUGCCGUUCGCGCUGGAAAGAUCAGUCGCCCAGCCGUCGGGGCCUCUGUCCCGCAAAGAGACAUGCAGAGUUCCUUGUUCCAUCCAGUUAGUAACGGCUGCUCCUCCCCUGUGGAGCAACAACAGCGAAUCCCCGGCGGGGAGCAGCGGUCCGUAUCUCCGUUAAACUCAGAGAUUCUGACAGAGCUCAGCCACUACGCUGGUGACGCCGCUGCUGGGGUGGCGAACGAAUUGCCAUCAUCGACAAACAGAUCAGCUGUCCCAAUCAGGGACGGAGGCAUCUCACAAAACAGUCAGCCGGAUGAACUGAGCAGACACCUCAGCGACGACUUUCUGAACGCUUUAGAGAUGCGUGGUGGUAAACGCAAGCGCACUGAAAGCCAAAUUAACACACAGUUUGGCGGUAAACGCAGUUCUGCUGCAGCACAUUUCUCUGGACUGUCCAUGGGCUCCAGCGCACUCAGUUUUCCUCCCGUGGGUCUGAACUCUUCGCCCCUACUGGCCAACCUUGGCCACAUGAGUCACCCGCUCCUGAUGGGUGGAGGUGGCAGUUCUUCAUUCCUCCAGACACCAGGACAAACACUGGCUGACCUACAGAGCAUGUACCCUUCUUCAGGGUCAGUCACAGGAAACGGACACCUCCCUGCCCCCUCCUCAUCUUCUCUGCCCGCCAGUUACUCCACUGUUACCACCACCAUUCCUAUGUCCUCUACAUCUUCAGCAGUAACUUCGUCCCUAGGCUCAGGUUCUCUGCCCCCAUUUCUGAUGAACCCCGGCAUGGCUAGCCUGCUUUCACCAAGCUUUCCUCUCAACUACAGUCAGUCUUUGCUCUCUGAGUCAAGGAUGUUCCCUAGCCCUCUUCUGUCCGGACCAGGGGGCUUCCCAGUAUCCAACCCCAGCUCUGCUCCAUCCGGCUUUCUCUCCCAUUUUAACAGUCCCAAUUCCAGUUUGCUGGGAGCGGCUCUGACCCAACCCGACAGACAUCAGAAUACAGAGAAUGGCGGUAGUAGUUCUGAUGAUGAUGAUGUAAUAGAAGUGACAGGACAGUAAAGACUGAUCAGAGGAGGGGUUUCACACAGACAUUUAUUAAAAAUGCUGAACCUAAAGUACAUUAGGGAUGGGAAUAACUGUGUUUACACAACUAGCUGAACUUAGUGAAUUUCUUCACUGUAAUAAAGAGACCAAAUAAGAAAAUGAGGAAAAUCCCUAUUUAGUCCUGACAUUAUAUCAAAUUUUGAUUUUUUUUUUUCCACGAAAAAGUGUCAAAAGCAUUUAAUGAUGAGCUUUCUGCUGUUGAGCUAUGUGUCUUUUAUGUCCAAACAAUGAAUGUGGUUGGGAUUCAAAAUGACUAAGUUCUUUUUUUUUAAGUGCUUAAUCUCAACCACACAUGAAAUUAGCAAAGGUUGUGGUAAGCUGCACUGAAAAUUGCAUUUCUAAAACUAGCCAUUUCAGUUCAACUUUUAUUAUUUAGUUAUAAAGGGGUCAUUAUCCAAAAUUAUUUGUCUAUUUUUUACAGUUUCGAUUUUAUGUUAAGUAUCCACAACAUCCCACAGUUAUUUGUAUGUAUAUGGAUGUAGAAACUGCUUCACUAUAAACAAAAUUUAGCCCUGAAAAAGAUCAGUUUGGACUUCUGCGAUGUGUGUACAAAAAGUGAUGUCACCUAUAACUUAAGAUGUUGCUACAUGUUGGAAUUAAGCAGGUUGUUUGGAAUCUGAAAAUGUUUUUACCUCAGUGUUUAUAAUUGCAAGCUUUAAUUGGAUUUUUAAGGUACCUGAUAACCUAGGUAUUUGAUUUAAAAACCCUGUAUAAUCAGUGAAAUAAGUUGAAAUUCCCAUUCCUAAUGUGAUUAUAGUAAAGUUCACACACAAAUGUUCACACGCCCCUUACAAAGAGAGAGUUGAAUUGUAACUUAAUGGCUUUAAAAGUCAUUAAGAAAUCCUUAUGCUGAAUAUCCUAAACUGCAGCUCAGCCAACAGGGCAAUGGGAACAGACAUUUAUGUACGGGGACCAGCUGAAUCUUUUGGGGGGGCAGGGGGGUUUAGGUAAGACCUCAUCAUGCAGUGUUUCCUCCAGUUUCAAAAUAAAUGAUUUGAUGAAAUUGCUCCAAUUUGGAUUUUCUCACAAUAUAUUAUGAUCAUGGUGUUCAUUUUGGUGGAAGCUGAAAAUAUGAACAUCUCUGUUACACAUGGCACAAAUACCUGCUGCACAAUUACUAUUUUGUCUGGUUUAGCAGGUCUUAAGGACUUCCGGUAAACAGGCCUGAUGUACAAUUCUUUAAGUAAAUUAAAAAUGCACACUGGUUAUGGAAGGUGGUGUCUUGUCAAAAUUUACCUGACAAUAUAUUUAGAGAAAAUCUUAAAAUUUUGACAUUUCCUAGUGUAUUUUAGUCAUUAGCUGUUUGAUAGACAUUGUAGCAGCCCCUGUUGUAAGGAUAUGUGUAUUACUAUAACUGUUGAUACUUUGUAUAUAGCAGCCAUUGUUGUUUAUAUUGCAAGUUGAUACUGUGCAUUGUGCAGAUUUUGGUUUUCUGGAGAGGACUUAUUAUUACAGUGAUUAUCAAUAUGACAACUAGGCCCUUGGUUUGAUGUUGAAAACACAAAAUUACAUUCAACUUUCAAUUUUUUUUUUAAAAGCUGAACUGAAUGUAGUUUCAUGCUAGCCUUUGCUAAUGCACAGGCUGAGGCAUGGAUGUGGACUGUGUUCUGUCAUUUUUAGCCUUAAUUAACACAGAGGGGUCUUGAUCUUAGCAUUAAUCCCAGUACAUCAGUUUUAAAGUCAUGUACACAGUGGGCAUCAAGCUUACUUGUUAUGGUUAAAAAUGUACAUAAACACCAGGGAAAUAGAGUCCAAGCACAGAGUUGCUAGCUCAUUUGCAAAAAUUUAUCUGUUUCUUGUUGUGCCAUACAUUUGUUCAUUUUCUCCCUGGCAUGUCCAUACCGUUACUGAGGAAACAUCCACCCGAUAAAUUGUUUUUAAAGGUUAUUUUCAGAUUCUUAACAAGAACAGAUGCUACCUAAACCAUACAGUCAGUCACAAUUACGCAGUCCGAGUGUAUAAUACCUUAGCCCGUGUACCGUAGCCACCAGCCAUCACCAGUGACAGGUCCAAGCCUGGUUGUGUGGUGGCCUUACAAAACUGACAGUGCCGUUACAUGGUAGUUUAUCACACAGGUGCAUCUUUAAUGCUGUAUAGUGUUAACAGAGUAGGUCUGCAGUGCUUUAGGAGUGUUUAUCUUCACCAUUCUCUGUAACCUCGUCUUUGUGUGUUGUUGAUGAUACCUCAAGAUAUUUAGAUCAAGGAAAGUCCUCUCCCUCCUUUGAUAUUUGUGCUAGAUGCAGUAGCGGUAGUAGCUUUUAAGACACAAUGGAUACUGUCGAUUAUAUGUAGCAUCAGUCCUUAUAGAAUCUCAUUUUUACAUAUGACUUCUUGUGCAGGGAUCUCUUGGCUCCUUCCCUGUUUUGUUUGUUUAAGCAUUUUUCAUUUUAAAAUCACAGAUGGCCCCAUUUUUCUUGAACAUGACAUAACUGGUGGCAUGGCUUGAUAAAGAGUUAGAGCUAGCACUCUGAAAACUUUACCUAUUUGCUUGAGAAACAUACUGACCCCAUGAAUUUGUUCAGUCUUCUCAAUCAUUUGGAAACCCUGCAUUUAUUCUUGUAAACAUAAGAUUUUUAAUUCACCCUGCUGUGCUUUUUUUGUUUCAUGGGUGUCUGUUUUUAAAACGUUUUUAUGACUUCUUACUGGUGUUCACUCAACUGGCUGUUUUCCCCUUAAUUCAGUGUAAGUGUCUGAAAUGUAUUUAUUUAUAAUGGAAAAAUACAUUUUUUAACAAUUUUUUUUGUUCUCACUUUCACCCAUUGAUGGCUGGUGCAGAAAAAGAUUUUCAUACAUGCAGCCUAGAUUGAAACAGAAUACAGCUGUGUUAUCAAUGUUAUUUUACCAAUAAAACACUCUGCUACUGCAGUGUGAAAUGUCUGCAA